AUGAUCGCGCAGACCUGCAAGGCCACCUGCGUCGGUUACGCGUACUUUGGGCUACAGUAUGGCAAACAGUGCUUCUGUGGCACUGCGGACGAGGAUUACACCGUUUACGGCGAGUCCGACGAUUGCACCUACUCCUGCACCGGAGACUCUGAGUCCACUUGCGGUGGCCGCUGGGCCAUGGAUAUUUUCGCCAUGGACGAUGACGUGACGCCUGUCGAAGCGGACGUGCUUGUCGACCUGGUGCCUUGCCUGUUCUCCUCCGUGGCGGUUGGGGAGUCGAACGAGAACAACCCGGCAUUGUACAUCAUGUCGCUGUUCUUCAAGGGAUACUGGUCUCCCAAGACGGAGGAGCACGUCGUGAAGGAAGGCGACGACCUGACGGCCCUUCUGGUGGACUCUAGCGACACCUCCGAGGUGCCCCACGGCAAGUGCAAUGCCGUUUACGUGGGUUAUGCGCCGUCCACGGAUCAGGCUGCCGCCCUCACCGCCUACUCGGCGCAGUUCAAGGUCCGUCUUGUGUACUUCCCGUCCGCUCUCACCCACACCACCGCCGAGUUUACGACGAAGCUCGGGGUCCAGACGUACUUCGCCGGGGACAUCACGACUCCUGCGUUCGUGCAGCUCAGCGACCUUGGCGGGGAAAAGGUGUCCAUCACAAAGCCCGGCUUCAAGACCGAUCCGAACCUCUUCACCCCCGCCCUGUUCAGCUACCCGGUGAUCAUCAACACGGUUCCUGACGAUGGGAUCGAGGUCCUCGCGCAGUACGUCGACGGUGACAGCGAGCCUUACCUAUCCGGUGCCGCGGGUGACCAGGAAAACGCUGCGAUGCUCAGCUACACCGGUGCCGACGGCCACGAGGAGCUCCACGUCUUCUUCACCAUCGGCUGGUUCGACGCCGGCGCGUGGCCGUGGGCGCACUUCUUCAACGAGUGGGCCACCAAGGGCAUCUUCAUGGGAGAGCGCCGGUUCUACCUGGCAGCGGUUGUAGACGACCUCUUCCUCUCCACCCCGGAGUUCGAGUACGACGGAGAAAUGAACGAGGCUGCGCUCUCUCAACGGUGCACGGGGGAGGACCUGACCAACCUUCUCCGCGUGCAGGAAGCCCUCAACACCCAGUACUCGGGGUCGGACAUCAUCACCGAGUUCGCCUUCAACGGCGCCGGUAUUGCGGAGCAUGUAUCACAAUCGGUCGACGGCAUCACGUACGUUCCUAACUACGAGGAGACGAUGGUGACAAUCAAGGGCACCAAGUGGUACGAAGACGGUCAGGUAAACGUCCACGACACCAACUGGCUCGCCACCAACGUCCCCCUCAUGCAGCAAGACAUGGCCGACGGCACCUGGGAGGCCAACGACGACCUUCUCGCGGGGGUCCUCAGUUACCUCUACAAGCCUUCCUCGUUCUACCACGGCCACCACACCCUCAUCCACCUGUCCCGCGACCAGCUGCGCGAGUCGGACUGCGUCACCGAGGACACCGGUAACGUGCAGAUCGCUCUCAUGACCGGCAUGUGGGACAGCGACAACUACAACUGGCGCUCCAUGGUAUCCCCCGGCAUCACGGGUCUCUUCAACGAGAACUGCCUAGACUCGGCGGCGCAGAAUCUCAUGGUGUGCUACCCUGGCGACAACACCUUCGACGGAACCGUGUCCGGUGCUGCAAUUCUGGUCAACGAAGACAACCAGUUCCACUCGAUCUACUCGACGGUUGCCAUCAACGGCUAUGAUGGCAUCCAGAUUGUACCCAGAUUCGCGACCUACGUGUACUUCAACUGCGUUACUGGUGACUGCCUCGUGAAGGAGAACGAGUACAUCAGGCGCUUCGUGUGCGAGUGCACCCCGCUCGACCCAAGCAUCGCCGAUUACACUUGCACCAGCACGGCGGCCGAAUGCAUCGGCACCGACGGCGCCACCGACAUCCAAUCCUUCGGUGACAUCGAGGCCCUCUUCGACGCCGAGGCCUCCACCACCACGCGCUACAUGCUGACUGGCCGCAGGGAUAAGUACAUGUUCCACCAAGCCAACGUCAUCCCGGCAGGGGACGUCGGCGACGGAACGCAGUCCCUGCUCGACUACUGGUAUGAGCGCGUCUUGGAGGUGUACUCCAGCUACGUCACCUUCCCGGUCAAGAGCAUCAAGUUUGACGACCUGUGCACCGAAUUCAAGCUCCAUGAGUCUCUGGACGAAUCGAGCCCGUACGUCACCAUGGGCCUCGACGCGACCGGAGCUGUUACAGGCUUCAACUACGUCUCGGGCAGCGGGGCCGGCCUCGUGCCACUUACCGUCCCGACCGCUUCUGCCGCCUCGAUCCCGACGACUGGCCUCUCCAUCCAAGAUACGGAGACGUACGGCACCGACACCACCUACUACCUCAAGGACGAUGACGCCUCCACUGUCCCCAGGGUGGGCACUAAGCCUGACGCCGGCGAUCUCGCCGAAGUGCCGCCGUUUGUGACCGAGGAAGUCAUCACCGCUACGGAGAGCCCCGCGGACGUGGUGGAGAACGCGGAUAACUUGGCGGAAAACCAGGAGGCGAACGCCCUCGUGCCCGCCGAGAAUUUCGGUAACUUGGGCGAGGACGGCCUAGUCGACGCGGACGUCGCGGCAGACGUGGUGAUCGACGAAGGGGAGGGAAAACGCCGCAUCUAA